AUGACAGUCGAAGCAGCUGACCACAAGAACGUUGUCAUCGUUGGAGGUAAGCUGCUAGUCUCCCGAAACAAGCUGACGCCAGCCUCGUUCGCUGGCCAUGCCCUCGCCAACUAUCUCGCCACGCGCGUUCCAGCGACAUACCGCGUCAUCUUGAUAGACAGGAGUGCCUUCGCACUCCAUGCCCCAGCAAUGGUCCGCGCCAUCGUUGUUCCAGGCACCGAGUCGCGAAACCUCACAGCUCCAAUCACGCAAGAAACGGUGUUCCCUGCCAACUCGCGACACCGGGUGCUCGCUCCUGUCGCCGUGCGCGAGCUGAGCCGCACGAGUGUAACGCUUGAUACAGAGUUUGAAGGCAGCACCGAGCUGCCCUUUGACAAAUGCAUUAUCGCCACAGGCGCCACCCAACCUCAUCCCCUGCGACAACUUGCAGGCACAAGCCUGGAGGACUACCGUGUCAUCCUGCGACACACACAAGAAGAACUCGCGGCCGCCAAGAGCGUCAUUGUGGUCGGCGGAGGCGGAUCUGGUGUUGAGAUUGCUGGUGAACUAAGUGCCCACUACCCGGACAAGAAGGUCACCCUCGUCCACUCGCGCACUCGGCUCCUCCAAACUGCCAGCCAGUCGACAAACAAAACCUGGGGAUUCAGCUAUUCCCCCAUUCCAGAGCGCCUCUCCUCGUCCCUUGAGGAACAACUCACUCGCCGCGGCGUCGACCUCGCCCUCGGGGAACGACUCGUGUUCCCCUCAGGACCAGUUCAGGACACCGAGUGGGACGGGACUCACAGCUCCCUCGGACAGCUCAAGACAGUCACGUUGAGCUCAGGCCGUACCAUCGAGGCAGACUACGUCCUAAUCUCAACUGGCAAUAUACCAAACUCGUCGUUUGUCGCCUCGGCCGACUCGGGAGCGGUAUCCGACGCAGGAUACAUUAUCGUCGACCACACGCUCCGCGUCGUACCUUCGUCCACCGAGUCGCCUUUGGCUGGCGAGUACUACUCAAUCGGCGAUGUGGCCGCUACACCGGGACGCAAGGCGGCGUCCACCGCCAACAUGGAAGCUACGGCGCUGGGAAAGCUCCUCGUUGCGCACCUCACGUCCGGUAAAGAGAUGGGCCAGUACAGCCCGACCCGGAUGAGUGGCGCCGUCAUCUGCCUUGGGCAACCACAUGAGGGCACCGAUCUGGGUGCGGGUGUCUACUCGUUCCCUUGGAUUGGAGACGUGGCUGCUCCCCAAUGGAUCCUGCGGCGGAUGGCCAAGGACUACUUUGUCAACCAGACGUUCUUCGCGAGGUUUGUUGGGGAACGAAAGAUCGGGCCGGAAGAUGGCUGA